CUCAAAAUGAAAAAGGGUUCACCCAGUUAAUUCUGCUAAAAUACGUGGUUGGUGACACAGACACUCCGGACACUUUCUUGCAGCCCAAGGACUUGCCUUUUCUUGCAGACACUUUCUGGCGGCGGCUCAAGCCCCCAACGUUCGGUUUGCUUGAGAAGGUUUUUCUUGGGUAUUCAGUGGAAUUGGAGUUUGAUAAAAAUGGCGGCCUCCAGCUCUGAAAAUGAUUCAAAAAAUGAAGGUCCAAGCUCAAGGGAAGCAGAGCAGCCUCAGGUUGCGGCUAUUCGAAUGCCAACUGCGGAGGAAAUUCGUGCUCAAGAAGUUUGGAAUAAUUGUGCAGUUCGCAGUGUCGUUAGUGGAGUUAUGGGAGGUGGGCUAGGAUUCUUCAUGGGCUUGUUUUUGGGUGCAUUGGAUAAUCCUAUAAUGCAAGAUGAAAUGACUGCUAGGCAACAAUUAAUUUAUAACGCAAAGCAAAUGGGACGAAGAAGCUGGAGUUCUGCAAAAGCAUUUGCAAUUAUGGGCUUAGUUUUUUCUGCUGUUGAGUGUGUUGUUGAGAAGGCUCGGGCAAAGCAUGACACCACAAAUACUGUUAUUGCUGGUUGUGUAACUGGGGGAACUAUUUCAGCAAGAGGUGGUCCAAGAGCAGCAUGCGCUGGUUGUGCCGGCUUUGCAGCAUUCUCAGUUGCAAUAGAGAAGUUUUUUGAUAGACAUACUUGAUGGGACCAGUAACCUGCUAUAGUUUUGCAGACAUCAAUUUAUUUAGAGUGUUGGACACAAGUCAUAGCACGUUUCCCGUAUCUUUUAUGUAAUUUUACAUGAUACAACACCAAUCCUGAUAACAAUGAAAGGGAUAUACCAUCAGGAACUUUAUGGCUAAAAUCUUUGCAUGUUACGAGUUUUGAUUCACUACAUUUUGAUCAGAGGAUAUACAUCCAAAUGUAAUUGAUUGGAACGUGGAGAUAUUUAUAUUGCUUGAUGAUUGAUAAAGAGCUUAGUGACAGAUAUUGGGGAAAGCUAAUGUAAUAGUAGCAGCAAUGACAUGUUAGCCAAUUACACAAAUCAGUUCAAAUAUUGUUAGGAACUAAGUAGCAUUUGAAAAAGGAUUGUUAUAAUAUGUCACUGCAGUAGUUUUGAAACUUUAUAAGCUUAUUUAUGCCUUUAAUUUGGUUGGAAUGAAAGAAUAAAAAAAAAAAAUCACUGUGAUGGUACUUGUGUUGAGAUAUGAUCUUGAAAAAUUA